CAAUCUAUCCUUAAAAGAAAGUAAUAUCUAAAGCCAUGGCUGUAAUUUCAUCAGAAGCACAUAGUGGCGAACUGCGCAAGCGAGAAGAAACACACAACAAUGGAUCAGUUCUUACUUCUUCGUCUCUUUCAGCAUUCGCCAAUCACAAUUUCUCACAUUUGACACUCUAUACCGGCAACACUAUGCGCACAGGGACAACAGGACAACUAAAUACAAACCUUAAGAAGUCGAAUCAAGAGCUGGUUGCAGCGGUCCAGGACACCUUGUAUUACUCACUAAGUACCGCUCACAUUGAGAAUAAUUCCAUCAUAAUUAGAGAUGAAACCAGCAUAGGGCCCUUGGAAGCCGAUCGCUCGUCAUAUGAGAUCACAGUCAAAAUGUUCUACCUCUCAUCAUUACCAACAUCACCACCAGCAGCAACAGAAACAGGAGUAGGGACAGGGAGACCAUUAUCAGUUGAUUAUUUGAGAGUUGCUUUUACAGAUCUAGAAUAUUCUCUUGGAAUCCCAGAUAUAAAAUUGGAUACUUUCAUUCUAGCACUCCCUAAUCAAGUAUUUGACGAGAAUGGACUUGAUGCACUUGAAUUCGAAUCCUUCAGAGCUGAAGUCCAGACAAUGUUAUUACCAGUAUGGAAGCAGUUGUCAUUAUUGCGUAAUGAAGGUCGUAUUGGUCGUUUGGGUGUAGCAGAGUUUUCAAAACAACAGCUUGAAGUGCUAAAGGAGGUGGCAGCAGCGGAUCCUGAAGGAGUGAUGAUUGCACCAGAGGUGAACCAAGUUAAUCUGCAGGAUUGCUGUGUAUUGCCCAAGGAUCUGAUCCAGUAUGCGAAAGAAGAGGGCAUUGAGCUGUUGACCCAUGGAGAUUUGACCAACAUUUUACCACAGGAAACAUUUGCAUUGUUGCUGAAACCUUAUUUGCCUGUGGCAGCUGAGUUCCUUGUACCUAACUUUGUGCUCAAGUACUCUGCAUUCAUCACCUGCCGAGGCGUAGUCACUAAAAAGGGAUACAUCAUUGAUGCCUCCAGUGUAUAA